AACGAAACGUCGAGCAGUCAGUCAGUCGUCUUUGGUCCUCAUUCGUCUCAUUCAAAAAAAGGGUCGACUCGUUGGACAAUCAUACUCUUACAUUCACGAAUAACACUGCAUAAUAGCAUGACGAGCAAGCGCACUGCAUCGGAUGCGUUCGACGAUCCUGACGACGAGUUUGCGCUAUUCGAGGCCGAGCUUGAGGCAUUGAGCGAAACACCUGCUCCGGCUGAGCCAGCACAACAGCUGCCUGCUGCUGCUGCUGCUGCUGCUGCUGCUGCUCCUGCACCACAACAACCAACACCACAGCAACCAGCGCCCACGGCUACACAGUCAAGCGCCGCACCGCCAGCCAGGAAGGCGGCCGACGCUGGGUUGGCUGCCAGCGUCGUUUCAUCCACGAUCGUCCGCAAGGCUCAAGUGUCCAAGGCAGCCGUGGCUGCAAAUGCUGCAACUGCCGCUGCGUUGGCCGCUGCAGCCAGUGGAGACACGAGCGCGGCGGACAGGCAGGAGAUGUCGGACAUGAUCGCGCUCGCUGCCCAGACUGCUGCACACCACCGCGCACUCGAGGAGCAGCGCGUUGCGGCGCGUCAGUACUACCGGGCACCCACUGGCGAUCCUCUCGCUGCCAAUGGCUAUGACGCCACCUACGCCGGGUACUACAAUGGUCAAGGCGCCGCUUCGUCCGCAGACUCCGCCGCUGCGCAUGCCACGACUGAGGCAAGUGGAGAGGCGUCAGAAUCGCGUGCAUCUGGCAAGAAGCCAUGGAAGAAGCUUCGUAUGGCGGCUGGCAAAGUCUGGGAAGACAAGACGCUCGAAGAAUGGGAUGACAGCCACUACCGCAUCUUCUGUGGCGAUCUUGGAAAUGAAGUUAACGACGAUAAUCUGACGGCAGCCUUCCGAAUUUACCCAUCCUUCAUCAAGGCCCGUGUCGUCAUGGACAAGCGAACCUCCAAAACCAAAGGCUACGGAUUUGUUUCUUUCAAGGAUGCGGACGACUAUGUGCGCGCAAUGCGCGAAAUGGAUGGUAAAGGCAGCACAGCGCAAAAACGCGUCGGUUGUGGAUGCAAAUAUGUGGGCAACCGACCAAUCAAGCUGCGAAAGAGCACGUAUCACGACCGUGAUUUGCAAGUCAAGUCUGCCAAGCAGCAGGAACGCAAGCAGGCCAUGCUUGCGGCUUACUCACAGAAAUAA